AUGGCUGCACCUAAUGGAGGAUACUUCAUCCAGGAUAAACUGUACAAGACAGCUCCCCACCAUGAGAGCUACAAGCAGCUCUGGGAGACCAAGUGGAAGAAGCCUGUACGCGUUGAACUACAAGUAUACUAUACAAUCACCAGGCUAACCCAUGUAGNNUGCGAAAUGGGUGUCUACCCUUUCAUGUUUUCUGCAGUUAAGGACUUCGAGCCGAUCGUCGAGAAGCUUGUUGCUGGCGACUACAAAGAGCCAUACGAUUGGGACGACUAUGCUCAGGUUUACUUCCCUAAGGCCGAGGAGCUGGUCUCCGAGGCACAAAAGGCUGAGCAAGAGGGAAACAAGGAGAAGGCUUCUGAACUCUACNUUGUGAGUUUGGGACACAAACAAAAGAUACCAAUACUGACAAAUUAUAGGCGGGCAAGUGCUGUCUACCGCAUCUCGAGGUUUCCUGCUCCACGCUCAGAGAAGCAAAGAUACGCCUGGCAGGAAGGCAAGAAAGCUUGCAUCAAGGGUCUAGGGCUUCGCGAACACCCCGUCCAAGAGAUCGAAGUACCACACACUCAUGGCAUUGAAGGAGAAGGCAAGAACAUCCCCAUCUACCACCUCCUCCCUUCAGACGCCAGCGAAUCAAACCCUGCCCCCGUCGUCCUCAUCAUGACCGGUCUGGACGGCUACCGCACAGAGCUCUCCGUCUGGAUGGAAGGAUGGCGUCAAAACGGCGUCGGCACCAUUGUCGUCGAAAUCCCAGGCACCGGCGACUCUCCAGCUCUAGCCUCUGACCCAACAUCUCCCGAUCGCCAAUGGAGCAGUUUGCUAGACUGGAUUGACACCCAGCCCGCCAUUGCAAAAGACAAAGUCUGUGUAUGGGCCUUUUCGACAGGAGGCUAUUAUGCCAUUCGCCUUGCCCACACGCAUCCCACUCGUCUUGCUGGCGUAGUCGCACUAGGCGGCGGUGUCCACCACAUGUUUGACGAAGAAUGGCUCAACAACGUAAACAACCUCGAAUACCCCUUCGACCUCGCGACAACCCUCUGCUACAAAUACGGCUACGGCAACGACUUUGAGAAGUUCAAGAAAGAAGCANAAAAGUUUUCUUUACUCGAAGAUGGCACCUUGGACAAGCCCGACUGCGCAAGACUAUUCCUCGUCAAUGGUACCGAGGAUGAAAUCUUCCCUAUUGAUGACUAUUAUCUUUGUUUGCUGCAUGGGGCACCCAAGGAGGCGAGGUUUAUUCCGGGGAUCAAGCAUAUGGGUGAGCCGGAGAGCUUUNUUGUUAUCCUUAGGUGGAUCUACAAGCUCUUUGGCAUCAAGGCCAAUCCGGUGGAUCAGAUGAAGACUAUUCCCUUCAAGCCAAAGUAUUAG